ACGAACCAUGAAUUCGGAUAACUUGCUUUUCCAUCACCAUUAGUUAACUUCCCUCUGAAGCGAAGUGAGAUGUGUGUGAGUUGUUGUUGUUACUGCCAAUGGAAAUGUUCACACCGCGCAAUGACAGUUUCGAGUCUGGCGACACGGUCAGUAGGACCUUCAUCUGGAAUGAACCAGACUCCCCAAGUCAGCUGUCUCGUUCCUCCAGUCAGUCCACCUCAUCCUACCUGUUCACCAGAUCCGGCCUGAGAACCCCAGCCUGUCAGCGACCUCCGACCCCACUUCCGGCGGCACACCUCACCCCAAGGGACAUAACUCCAAAGUUUUUUCCUGGACAGAUUUAUCCCGGCGGUCGAGGGCCUGCCACCAGAAGGGGACCACCACGAAAUAACAGUAUAAACAGUCUACAGCUAUCGCAAAAACGUCAGUUUAUUUUCGAAGACAUUGACGAAUCCGUGCAAGAAGAACAAGAAUCACCCUUUGCGCCUGCGCUGAUCGACCAGAACCGGAAUAAUGUUAAAGUUGUGUCCCCUGCCCAUGGCUCCCCCGGUAUUGGACAGAGAACAAAGACUUUCAUUUUCGACGACGAUUCGGUUCAGAUGAACGCGAACGGCUAUAAACGACCUCCGUCCGUAGAGAGUAUACGAUUGGAUGAUCCACGGUCACCAUUGUUGACGUCACGGGAAGCUCAAAAACUCUGCCUUGGCAAAAAGAGUUCCGGGAAGGCUGGCUUCACACAAAAUCUGGGCAUGGUGAAGGGAAUGCUUUUAUGCCAGUGCAACUGUUCUAGUUUGAGAACGAAAAACCGGGUCGGGUGUCUGUCGGAUCAGUAUGACGAGAUGUAGUUCAUGAAUGCUAGAUUUUGGACUUCGCAGCACUUUAUCCAUUCCACCAAGGACGCCGUUGGUUUGGAACAAGACUGGAU